UUAACACAAAGGGACCGGACAUAUGAAAAGUCAUGUGAGAAAUUGCACUUUAAACUCCAUUGAAGGAAAGCAACAUUCACAUCGGACAAGGGGAGAUGAUCAUGAACCAUCUACUUUUUUAAACGGUUUGUUCACUUUAUUGUGUAUUUAAAAGGAGAAUACUUGGACCAAACAACACAAGAUUAAUGGGGAUGAGAAGAAUUCUAGUGCCUCUGCUGCUUUGCUCAGCCCUCUGUGUGGGUGUGGUCAGCCUAACCAUAAACCACACCUCCCGCGUCAGAUUUCACACAGGGAGACGCAUCACAUUGCCCUGCACUAAGACAACACUUACAGGGGUGGUCCAGUACUGGCACACCCCAUUCGGACGUGUCCAGAACAGCAGUCUCCAUUUCAACCAGGAGGAUGUGGUUGCUAUGCAACAUGACGGUAGCCUGCAAAUCCAGAGCUCUACUCCUCAACACAGCGGCCUGUACUACUGCCUCAUACUGGCUGGAAAACAUACUACACUCACACCUUACCUGCUGAAUACUUGCGGUCAACAGGAUGGUUCUGACAAACCCCGGCGAGUGGUAAGGAGCGUUCUGGCUGGUCAGGCAGAGGAGAAGGAUGUUGCUCUGGUUUCUGACGGUGUGUUUGAAUCAGCUGUGGUUGCGUCAGUCGUGGUGACGUUUCUGGUGGGGUUCAGUUUUGGAGCUCUGAGUAGGACACUACUGGACAGGUGUAUGAACCGGCUGCGGUCGCUAGGCCAAGGUUGUCGUAACCAUGGUGAAACAGUCCGCGUGGCCUUCCGGAACAAUGUAGAACCGGAGGAUGACUCCACCUUGUUAACAGUUGUUACCAUGGAAAAUGCCAACAGCUCCCCGCCGGCCAAACCUAAGAGGAGCUUCCGGGGAAAACAAUCUGUAGAGAAUACUGCUUAUUUAGAGGGCUGCGACCAAGAGAGAGAAGUGAAAGAGAGGGAGAAGGGAGACCGCAUAGACAGAGAUGAGAGGAGUGGGAGAGAGGGAGCAGUAGGAGGGAUAGACAGCGAGGAAGGGAGGAAAAGGAAUGACAGUGAGGAGAGGGAGAGGAAGGAAAUGGAGGAAGGUAGUGAGAUUGAGGAGAAAAAGCAGAGUGAGAUUGAGGAGGGGAAAGAGAGGAGUGAGAAUGGGGAGCUAGCCAGGCGGAGUCGUGUAAUUCGUCUGUACCAGUACGAUGAGGACGGGCAUCGCUAUGGUCACCUGCCUAACCCCAUCCCCACGGAUCAUCCCACCCCCCAGCCCAGGCAGCGCUCCUUGUCCCUCACCAGGCUCAGUGCUAUCAUGGCUACAGCCACUGCCAGCGCCCUGGAUCCCACGAGCGCCCCCUGUCCAGAGCCAGGCCCUGACCAAGAAGACCUCCCAGCCAACUCCACUCAGCGCCAGGAGAGAGCAGUCUUUCAACUAGGGAUAUGA